UGUACAUAUGACAAAUUCCCCGGUAGACAAACCAGACUUGUUUGGAACAGCAUCUGAGCUGGUAGUAUCCAUCAGCUCACUUGGAGGGAAUUUGCAUGAACUUCCAGAUGUGUAUAUUGAGAAACUUAUUCAUAAGAAGUUUGAUGAUAACCCGGUUAGUCUCAUACGGCAGCUAUCUAGUGACUUGGAGCUGAAAGAACGAGAAUUGAUUCUUUUAAGACAGGAAAAGUUUUCGCGUGAGCAGCUAUUGAUUAAACUUUGUGGAGAGUAUGGAAACUUAUCUAGUAUUGAAAUCGACCGUAAAUUGAGUUCUCUUCGUGUGGAGCGGAAUGCUGAUGAAGUGGUUGUGGAGAUGAUUGGAUCUGCCAUAAAGAGUGAAUUGGCGCAGCUGAGCCAUCAGGCACCCUCAAUUACUCAAAGUAAUAAUACUAGCCUAAGUAGUCAAGCAGGUGGUUCAUAUAAGAAAAAGCAAGCAAAAGAUCCCCAGAAGAACUCAGAUCGAGGAUUGCACGAUAGAGAAAAGAUACAAAGAUCCCAUCUGACAUCUAGACAAUCAUCCACCUGGCUCAAUACCUGGUUUAAUGAAGCUGGAUCUCCUGGGGCAGGUCGAAGCUGGCAUUCGCAUAGCGAGGAGUCUUUGUUAAAUAUGAAAGAUCCAAAUUCUCUGACUUCUCCUCGAAGACCACAUCUGAGAUCAUUCCCAAUGCCAGUUAACGUCCCUACUUUGGCCACCAGAGCUCCUGUGGAACUUGACAGUAUUGAUGUGCGAUCUGAGGACCUCCCUCCUGCCCUGGCAAGUGUGGACAAGUAUGGGUUUUUCAACGAUAUUAAACGAGUGACUAAAGAAUCGUCUGUUGACCUACUGGUAGAUCCAGCGAUUUCUCGGUCGACACAUAUUACCACUUCUACAUUACUGCUGGAUCCAGUGGAUUUGAAUGAACCACCAUUGGCAGAUCUGUCCUUGGAACUUCCAAACCUUCUUCUGGCUACUCAUCCUGUUAUUCAGUCAGCCUCAAUUCACACGACAACCCAUGCUACCGCACUUCCUCACCCUACUGAUACUCUGGCUACUAUGAAACUUAAGCAAAUAAGUAAGCAGCAUGAUGAGAAAACUCAACAAUACCAUGACCAAUGGGAAACAUACUUCAAGGGCCUUUUGAGAGAUCACUACGAUACGCCAACUUCAGACUUAUUCAAAGAUAUAUUUAAGGGAAAUCUUGUCAAAUUAGACAAGUAUAUCCACCCAGGUCAACCACUGACAUUGGAAAACAAUCCUCAACCUGAUAGUAUUACCGUUGAAUAUCGUACCCUUCAUAAGCUCAUCAACAAAAUUGGGAUCCCAGCACCAUAUCGACCACUUCUCUGGCUUGAACUCUCUCAUGCUAAGGACUUGAAGGUUCCUGGAGAAUUCGACAGGCUAGUAAAAGUGGCCACUACUUCAGAAGAUCCCGUAGUCCUCUCGAACUUAAACCAGGUGAAUCUUGAUUUGCAUAGGACCAUGCCAUCUAAUGUAUUUUUCAAUGAUCUCAUUAACGGCCAACCGGGUCCUAACUACUAUCGUCUACAGAAGAUCUUGUACGCAUUUGUUGUGUACAAGUCGUCAAUUGGAUACUGUCAAGGGAUGAAUAAAAUAAUCAGUAAUUUACUCCUUGGAAUCAAUAAUAAAUUAAGUGAAGAAGAUAUUUUUUGGAUUUGGGUUGGAUUUGUGGAUGAUUUAUUACCUUGCUAUACCCCAAUAAAUAAUGCAACCUCAUUCCCUCAAAGUUCAGGAACCUUACUGAACUCAUCGGCUUCUAUGAAGUCUAAGGUCGCACCUACCACGUCUUCGUCUUCAUCCGUGUCAAUUGGAUCACCGACAUCAUUUUUCCAAUCACUCCCACAAAUUCUGAUAGAUCAAUCCAUACUUGCUGAUUAUUUCUUCCCAAAAUUUAUGCCUCAACUUUUCGCCCACCUACAACGCAUUGGUAUUCAACUUGAAUAUAUUACUCUUAAUUGGUGGGUACUGGUUUUCACUGAGAAUUGUUUACCACUUGAAAUCUGGAUUAAAGUCUUUGAUAAUCUUCUUGUUUCAAAUAUUGAACUAAAGUUAUUCAGUCUCAGUCUUGCAUUAUUUAAAAACUUUGAGAGUUUACUUCUCAAAAUAGAUAAUGCAGAUGAAGUAUACCUUGUAAUGAAGAAUCUUAACCAGAAUAGUUCAACCAAGAGAAAUUUGAAGUAUGUUGAGUUAAUGGAGAUUUCCAAGGGGUUUGAAAAGAAAAUUGAUUUGGAAGAGAUUUCAAGAGAAAGGAAACAACUAGCACGUCCAUUGAGAAGAUGAUUUGACAUAGCUAAAUAGGAUUAAUCGAG